AUGGGCCCUGCUGGUCAUGCCUUCCUGUUGUUUCUUCUAUUGAGUUCUUGCCCAUGCUCUUUCCCUAAAAAGAGAGAUCUGCAAUCAGUGUGUGGGCGACCUGUAUACUCAGGCCGCAUUGUAGGUGGCCAGGAUGCUGUUGCAGGGCGCUGGCCUUGGCAGGCCAGCCUAUACUUGGAACAGAAGUAUAUCUGUGGAGGCUCCCUCAUCAGUGACAGCUGGAUACUGACUGCUGCACACUGCAUACAAACGACCUGGUCUGCUUCUUUAUAUACUGUAUGGCUGGGAUCGACUGAAGUAGGCUACUCAAGUAACGGUGUGCAGUACCAUGUGUCCAAAAUCGUCAUCCAUCCCAAAUACCAAGACACAACUGCAGACAUUGCCUUGUUGAAACUGUCCUCCCAAGUCACCUUCACUUCUUUCAUCCUGCCCAUCUGUUUGCACAAUAUCACAAAGCAGUUGACAAUUCCACCCUCUUGUUGGGUGACUGGAUGGGGACAAAUUAAGGAAAAUGGCAAUUACCCUUCUACCCUCCAGGAAGCAGAAAUACCAGUCAUUGACCACCAGGCUUGUGAACGACUCUACAACCCAGUUGGUGCCUUCUUCCCAGAAAUGGAGCCAGUCAUUCAGGAAGACAUGAUUUGUGCUGGUGACACUCAAAAAAUGAGAGACAGUUGCAAGGGUGAUUCUGGAGGGCCUCUGUCAUGUCAUAUUGAUGGUGUAUGGAUCCAGAUAGGAGUGGUAAACUGGGGAUUAGAAUGUGGUAAAUCUCUUCCUGGAGUCUACACCAACGUGGUAUACUACCAAAAAUGGAUUAAUGCCAUUAUUUCAAGAGCUGAGGUCUUGGGUGCCAACAAUCUGGACUUCUCUGACUUCUUGUUCCCUACUGUACUACUCUCUCUGGCUCUCCUGGGACCCUCAUGUGCCCUUGGGCCUAAUAUUAUACCAGGAGAGUAG